AGGCUCACAACCUGGUUCCAUGGUUGAGGAUCUUCCCUUUUCCAAUGACACAACAUCCCCGGAGGUUAGCUGACAAUCCGCUAUAAAACAGCUGAUUCUUUGAACAAAAUUCCUCUAGUCUAAUUAUAGAGGAUCCACAAAGAUAUCGACCCAUUACUUAAGUCUCAUCUUGAAUAUGCCUGAUUGGAAGAUGGACUCAACGUCGGAGAAGGAUACAAAUACAAAUAACGACGGCUUAGCUUUCCAAGUAUUGCUGGUAGUGUGUUUAACCGUAUACGUUGUGACUGCUAUAUGGUUACUACUGAGAUCUUACUGUCUCGCAUAUUCGAGUCUAGCCUUUGGAACUACUGAUCCCGCAAUAGCCAAUGUACCGGCCCAGGACAGCAUGGAAAGAAGAUUAGACUGUCUGGAAAGAGUUGCCCCUACCAAGCCCUUCAAAAUCUGGUGGUUGUCUGUCCAAACGAUACGAUCCCCGUUGAAGCAAUCGGAUCAUAUAUUCACCUGUUCUAUUUGUCUUGACAAGGUCCGCAAGAAGGACCCGAUCCACACCCUUCAAUGCCGCCACGUGUUUCACCGAGAGUGCCUGGAGAAUUGGUUCUUGGGAUUCCACAAUCAAUGCCCAAUGUGUAAAAAGCCCUUCUUUGAAGAGCUCGAUAUGAGCCCGGAAUAUGCAGUGUAGGUCAGCCCGAGAGUCAGGGAUUGACACAAAAAUGGGUGUCCUGUUCAGCAAAGCGUGAGAGCUUUUUGGUCAUUUGGCAUUGAUUCAUCCAAUAGGGCGCAUCUACUAUGUCUAGCCGAUGGAUCUCUUUCUUGUUUUGGUUUUUAAGCGUGGAGUUGAGCAGUUUAUGAACGUUACGGAAAGCGACGGUGGACCCAGGCAGGCAUCAAGGAAAGACCCCGCAGUCGAAC